UAUACGUUAAUCAUAUUAUGCAAUUCCGUAGCUUUUAUUUAAAGAAAUUGCAAAAAUAUUCUUUUGUACACUAUGUAUCAAAAAGUAUAAUAUAAAUUAAAAUGAAUUAAUCUAUUUCUCUAAAAAUUCUGAAUUUCAUGACGUGGUACAAAACAAUGUUAUCAAUUAUUCCCCAAAGCCCUAAUUAAAAGAAGAAGAAAAAAAGCCUUGGAGAAGAGGUUUAGGGUGUUGGUUGGGGUAAAAGCCUUGGAGAAGAGGUAUUUUUUUUUUCCCUCCUCUGUAUAUAUCUACUCUGUUUCUGCACCUUCUCACAACGAUGUCAUAUCACAUUCACUCGAUUGGGUUAUUGAUUUGAUGACUUAGAAUCAUGCCUACGUUUUCUGCUGCCGUUUUUGAUACAACACUAAAGGAUCAUCAGCAAACGAAAGCAAAAACAUUCUCUUGUCUCUAUGCCACUCCUAAAGAGAUCCCACUUCCUUAUUCCCCGUAUUCCUCCCCUCCAUCUCCCUAUAUCCUAAACCACAAAGCACGCAGACCAGCUCCUCUUUUGAAGGGCUCCUCUGAUGAUGUGGAGGCGACGACUACCUCCUCCACAUCUUCAGAGGAUGACGUUUUGGGACGUCCUGUUUGGGAUUCUACUCCCCCUCAGGGGAACUUUUGGGGCAAGAAGUCUGCAAGUCAUAUCAGUAAUGGUGACAUCGGAAGCGCUGAUGCUGACAAUUGUUUAGCACAGGAAAGUUACCUGUUGGAGUCGGUCAGAACAAAAGCUAACAAGGAUCAUGUACCUGAAUAUUUCUAUGACAGAGGCCAAUCAGUAAGCUUUACAAGCAAUUCAGGAGCUGAGAUUUCACACAAUCUCUCUUCAUCUGGUGGGGAGUUUUAUGAUGCUCGUGAUGAACUAUCAACCGACAGCGGAACGCCGAGUUCAGUUAACAACAUGGAAGCUGAACUGAGGUUGAGUUUGCUGAUGGAAAGCGAGAAGAGAAGGCAAGCAGAGGAGACUCUGGAGGAAAUGCAAGUUCAUUGGCGGAGGCUCCGACAGCAGUUGGCUCAUGUGGGUCUGUUCCUUCCUCUAGAUCCUACAAGCACCCAGUACAGCAUGAACAUAGCAGAUGAACUACGUUGUCAAAUCGAGUUCACCAGGUUUGUUUCCGACUCACUAGACAUUGAGUUGGCCAAGGCAGAGGUAGAGAUGGAGAUGACUUCUGAACUCGAAGCUAAGAAGUUUGAAAUCACCCAGUUAUCUAACCGCCUUCACUAUUCCGAGACUGUAAACCAGGAAAUGUCCCAGCGCAACCAAGAGGCCAUAGAGGAUGCAAGGCGAGAGAAGAAGAAGAAGAGAAAGAGGAGGCAGAGAUGGAUUUGCGGAUCAAUUGCAGUAAGCAUCACGCUUGGUGGUGCAGUCUUGGCUUACCCUACCGCAAAUUCAUUGAAACCUCAGCCGUCACCAAUCAAAUGAGGCUCCCUAGUCUGAUACUUAGGAGGAAGAAGCAAAAGGUUUAGGCCUUUUUGUGAAUAUGGUUUGCUUUUUGUACUUAAGUUUCUAGAGAUUUUUGAAUAUGAUGAGGAAAAUCACUCAGCAGCUUCAUGCUGCGACCGUGUAAAGGAUCAUUGUUCACAUACCAAUUUUGUUAGUUCGUGGCACGAAGGGUUUCUGAGCUC